AUGCCGCAUACAGGUCAAGCCGGUGUGAAUCAACUGGGUGGAGUAUUUGUAAAUGGCCGUCCUCUACCAGAUUGUGUACGAAGGCGUAUUGUGGAAUUAGCUCUAUGUGGCGUUAGACCCUGUGAUAUAUCGAGGCAGCUUUUGGUGUCACAUGGCUGUGUUUCCAAAAUCCUAACACGUUUCUAUGAAACCGGAUCCAUACGUCCUGGUUCAAUUGGUGGUAGUAAAACUAAGCAAGUGGCAACACCCACUGUGGUCAAGAAAAUCAUACGUCUGAAAGAAGAAAAUAGCGGACUCUUCGCCUGGGAGAUACGUGAACAAUUACAACAACAACGCAUCUGUGAUCCCAGCUCCGUGCCCUCAAUCAGUUCGAUAAAUCGUAUUUUACGUAACAGUGGCCUGUGGACCGAUGAAAUGACUUCAAAUCAACAGAACGCUGCUGCCGCCGCCGCAGCUGCUGCAGCCUCCGGAAAUCACACAGCAACUACCGGCAGUAGUGCACCCUAUUCUCUGCCCAACCAACUCUACACAACUUCCUCAAAUCACUUGCCACAAACGGUUAGCGAAGCUGCAGCAGGAUUUCCACACAGUCGCUCGGCACAUGCCCAACAAGCCAUGGCCUUGGCCAGCUCCUACCGUUAUGCUGAUGUCAAUAUGCCGACGGCUUCCAAUCCAACUGCUGCUCAUCCAACCACAUCCUCCGAACAUCCCAUUAAGCCAUCGCCAAAACAUCCCAUGAUUGGAUUGGGAGCCACUCCGUCCACCUCCACCCCUCAGCUAACACCUCAAGAUCUUUCCUAUUCGGCGGCAUUGCAGAAACAUUGGUUUUGGAAUCCUUCAUUGCUCUACUACACCCAACAUGUGCAGGCAGCCAGUCAAUUUUUGCCCUAUGCUGCCAGCCAUCCAGGACAGUCUCCAUCGGCCGCCUACUUCCCCGCCUCUAUGCAUGGAGGUGGCUAUACAAAAUCCGAAAGCUCCAUUGAUUUGACAACAGCCUCGGCGGGAGAUGCUCUCAGUGAUUGUGACAGUGGCAAAUCAUCUCCGGCCACCAUUAAUUUAAGUUCCACCUCCAUAUCAUCGUGCAACAACAACAACAAUACCACCACCACCACUACCAACACAAAUAGUCGUAAACGCAAUCCCUAUUCCAUUGAAGAGCUAUUGAAGAAACCCGAAACGAAGCGAAUGUGUCUCAGUGGCUCACAAAAUCUCCACUCCUCCUCGGGGGCUCUACGUCUCUCUCCCAACAAAAAGGAUGACUGCAAUAUCAGUAUCUGCUCGGCCAGCAGUAGUCACAGCAACAGCAGUCACAUCAGCUGUGUGGGUGAAGAUAGCUGUGAUGAGGCCACAAAUCGUUCUCCUCCCCACGCAGCCAAUAGCAACAACAAUGACCCGGAGGAAAAUUGUGAAACUGUCGAAGUGAGACUGAUGUUGACGUUCAUGUUGCGCAUGAUCCAUGGUGUUAUGUUUCUUGUUAUUGUUGGCUGCAUGAAAUUCCAAAUUCCAGCACAGAAAGAAAAAAUACACAAGCAGCUACCAGCCAGCCAACAGCAUUGCUGCACAUACCGAACGGUAACAGCAACCACAGAUGAUGAAGAUUCACAAAAACCAAGACAGGCUGAAGAUGAGGACGAACGGACGGCUGGUGAAGUUGGCAAUGAGAAUGACGAACAAAAAAAUUGCCAAUUGCAAUGGUGUUGCUGGCGCAGCGUGCAACAAUCGUGUAUAGAAUUCAUAAUCGAUCAUGUUGUUGAUGAAAAACCUCAGAGAGGAGAGCUGGAGUUGACCAACGAACGAACGGACUUUGCCUUGGUUGUGAUGCCUGCCCGUCGUACCCAACAACUACCAUUUAGGGAACAUAUUUCAGAUCUUAUCAAGGUCAUGACAUCUACUAUAAAACGUGAAUUAAUGACUCUGGAAAAUGAUGGAAAAGGGGAUUACAUUAUCUUAGUAAUUUUUGUAAUGUUCUUUUUAGAUUCAAUACCUGUAACCGAAGGAUCUGACACGACCGAAAUUGCAGUAUGA